AUGAUAGCCCGCGUUCUAAUUCAGGCUCUCGACUGGAAACUCCAAUUCAGCAACCAGGCGUCUAGGGACAAGGGCGCUGUGAUCACGAGACAACUGCAGGGUUUAGGCGACAUAGCUCUGGAGGCGCGCAAGAAAUUGAUUUCAGCAUUCGUUUCUCUCGUCGUCUACGACAAUGAUCCUUACGACGUAGUUGUCUCUGCCAAGCGCCUGCUUAUCAGACACCUCAUUGAUUCUUUGGACACAGGCCGCGACAUAGACCGAGAACUCCUCUUGAGCGAGAAAAUCGGGUCUGCACUGCUCUCUGGCGUCAUGUGGGCAGAUUUAGCGCUUUAUCCGGGUAGGCACACACGUGUGCGCAACCUGCGAAGAUGGAUAGAGCGAAUUAAUAAAUGCGAGAACAGGCUGGUAUUUGAUGCGCCGCAGCCAACGGCUCUCUUCGCGGAGUUCCUUGGGACUCUAUUGAAGACGACGCGGGGCGAUUCUGUGUCUUACUUCAUCCGAUAUUUCAGCGAGGACCGCGCGCGCAAACGCAUGAACUGCGACUGUUCCGGCUGGAGUCAUUGGUUCAAGCAGUUUGACUCAGACUAUCUACUGUUCGCCUUGGUCCCGGAGUCGAUUAUAGUGGAUGACGUAAUUCCUUCUAGCAAACCGGCGACGGCCUCAGGGAAGCCGACGGCGACUCCCGCCAGGCCUUCUACAAAGGCUCCGGUCGCUGCAAAAGCCCCGACGGCGUCUGCAGCUCCGAAGACUUCUGCUGCCAAGGGAGCUGCAAAGGGCAAGGCCAAAGCGAAGGUCAGUGCCGCGGCGGCGCGGUUGCUGGCAGCCACAGCGGCGCCCGUCGCGAAGGAUAUGACUACUCCCACCUCUGCGGGCGGUGGCACUGGCACAGCCGACGGGGAAGGCGCGAGUGACCCGGAGACCGCGGAUUUGCAUGUCUCUUCGGCGCAGCAUGCCCGCUACGUCUUCGAGGCGUCCAUUGCCCUGGUGAGUGCCUGGCCGAUGGUGAUAGCGAGUCGUCUGGCCGAGAUUUUGGUUUUGCUCCGCACCUGCAGCACCAACCCGGCACUGGCUCUGCCGUCCUCCACUUUUAUUCGGGCCUUGGUUCAGGCCUACGUGGAUCGUGAGGCCGUACCGGCUGGGGCAACUAAGCUGCCAGGUCUAUUGUUCAACUUGCUGCGACGAAGCAACAAGUGUUUGAGAGAGAGCGACCUGAAGGAAGCGGAAGAACUUUGUGCCGGCUUGCACGAAAGCCGGCCGUUGAGUGGCGAAGCGAGCGCCUUGGUACUGCCAGUGAUCCUUGCGUUAUUGGCCCCACAGAGCGGCUACCAAGUCUCGCUAGUUGCCAUGCACCGCGCCAUCGCCACGAUAGCGCAGCAACUCCGGCUCGGCGCGAACCUAGAGAGCGUCAGUCUAAUGGCCAUUGUCUCCCAAAUCGUUCGCGAACGGCCCACGCUGCUCACGCUCUGUGAGACCAUCGUCGUUAACAUGCGCGGCGUGGACCCGAACCAACUGGUGGAACUGCUCGACUGCGACAGUACCUCCUUCCGACGCGCCGUCGCCUCAGCUGUUGACCGUCUGGUCCGCGUAAGCACUCCGGACGGUAGUAUGGAGAAGGAGGCAACGGCAGUUCCCGACGGGAGUGUUCCCGGUGUGCGUUUCGAGGUCGCGUCCCCCGGGGGCGAGGCCUCGGGUGCCCGGCCUUUAGGGGCUCGCGCACUGACUUUCUUGUUGGCGGAGAAGUACGACCAGGAUGAGGUGUUGAAGCGUUUCGCGGCCAAGUACGACACGAGUGGGUUACAAUUGGAGGACGCGGUGGCGUUGUUGGCUUGCGAGAGCACACACUUCCGGCGUUGCGUGAGUCGUGCGAUUGCGGGUACUUGGUCGCCGACGGCGGUGGUACCUGCAGUGUGUGCAGCGUAUAUUGCGCAGUUCCGGCCGAAGACGGAGGAGGUGCCGGAGCACUUGAAGGGUUUCAAGUUGAGUGCGGCGGACCUGCAGCGGAUUAAAGAGAAACGUGCGGGCGAGCGCGCCACUUCGACACCGGGACAGCUGGGUUGUGUGGGCACGCUCACGGCUACGGUGCGUGCGCACGUGUUGGAGGAGUCGGUUGCGAGGGCGGUGUUGCGUUUCUGUGUGCGCGACGCGCCGGUGGAAGGUGACUUGGAGUUGGAGAAAGAGUGCGAGACGGCGUGUGUGGCGGUGGCGGCAGCGGCUGCCGCUGGUGGUUGUGCAGGUGCGGUGGAGACGGAGCUGGCGUCGUUGUUGGGUCGCGGUGAAGGUGCGGGUGCGGCGGUGGCAGCGGUGGCGUUGGGUGCUUUGGCGGCGGAGACGGGAAGUGCUGCGGCGUGCGAGUCGUUGGUGGCGGCUUUGACUUCGGCGGCGGCGCCGUUGAAGGUGAAGCGAGCAGUUGCGCGUGUGUUGACGCCAUUGUUGCGACAGAGAUCGUCGUUGGCGUCGUUGGUGGAACGUGCGGAGGCGUUGGCAUUCGAGAGCAAGGAGGUGAGGGAGCGCAUCAGUGGCGCGUUGUUGCUGGCAGCCUGCAUCCGAGCCCAGGGUUGGACGGCAUACGGUGGCUGUGACCGGUUGGUGUUGAUGGCUACGGAGCGCAAAGAGGUGUGGGCGCGACAGGGUGCGUUUUUGGCAUUCGAGGCGGUCGUGGAGGCCUUUGGCAAGAGCAUCGAGGCGCAGGCGGCUGCGAUCGUGCCGGCCGCACUCAACGGUUGCGGCGAUGCAAGACCUGAGGUGCGAGACGCGGCCAAGGCCGUCGCGCGGAAGCUCAUGCCCCAACUCACUGGUGCUGCCCUCCACGACGUGCUCCCGGCGCUGUUGCAGUUCGCGGACAGCGCUUCGUGGCGCCAGAAGCUGGGCGCCAUCGAGAUGCUGAGUACAGUCUCGGCGGUCUCGAGCGAUCUGAUUGCGGAGGCCUUGGGACAAGUGCUGCCUGUGUUGAUAGAGGCGGCGCAUGCGCCGCAUCGGGACGUGCAGGAGGCAGGUCAGGCGGCGUUGCUGGCGCUGGUGGAGUCAGUGAAGAACCCGCAGGUGCACGCGAUGCGCGACUUGGUGUUCCGCGCACUGAGGGAACAUUCAGACGCCAACUUGCUUGAGUUCCUGGAGCGCUUCGCCGGCCUCGAACUGACCCACUUCCUCGACGGCACAGCCGUGUGCAUGGUCCACACACUCCUCGGGCGCGGCUUGCUUGCGGCCAAGUCGGAUGUGCGAUUCCGCGCGUGCCAACUCGUGGGCGUCUUGCCCGACCUGGUGGCGCCGGAACAGGAACGUCCACUGGACGCCGACCUGGCGGCCCGCGUCAAAAGCACGUUGCCUGAUCUCUUCCGCAAUCUUGGGGAUCCGCAGCCGUACAUUCGUCAGGCCGCCUCUCGUUCGAUUGGGUUGCUUGCCGAGUCGCUGGGUGCGUGCGUCUACAAGGAGGCGCUGCCGUACCUCAUCAAGUCGCUGAAGACGGUCGACAACGUCGUGGAACGUUCUGGUUGCGCUAAUGCGUUGGUGGAGGUCUUCCGCGCACUCGGCAAAGACGUGCUCGCACAGCACCUGCCCGACAUCCUCAACCAGGCCUCCAAAAACCCUGUCUACACUGUCCGCGAAGGAUUCUUAGGACUCUUCGUCUACCUCCCCACCAUCUUCGGAGACGACUUCCAGGACUUUGUGCCGGAUUGUCUCCCCGUGCUGGUUGAGGGACUCGCGGCCGCCGAGGAGCCUGUUCGGGAUAUCGCCUUCCGCGCGACCCGGAUCUUCGUCCAAGAGUACGGCUCCAGCCAUACUCCGUUGCUGCUGGCGCCACUGGAAGAAGCCAUGUUCCAUGAAGCCUUCGAGGUGCGGCUCCGCGCUGUUGGGCUGCUGGGAACGUUGGUGGAUAAGUUGCUAAAGGGCGUUGAGGAAAGCACGGCGGAAGGUGGUCAGCAGAUGCAAUUGGAGGUGCUGACACUCGAGAGACGAGCGUAUAUCCUGUCGGCCAUUUAUCUGGCGCGUGGAGACGAUCAACCGGAGGUGAAGCAGCACGCCAGUGUGGUGUGGAAGAGAGUGGUCCAGAACACGCCGCGUACAGUGAAGGAGUUGCUUCCGAUCCUGACACGACGCCUGAUGGACUUGCUGGGUUCGGGUGACUUCACUAAAGAGGGUAUUGCCAGUCGUUGUAUGGAGGAGUUGAUUGCAAAGCACGGUGAGAAGUUGCUGCCUGAGGUUAUGGGUGUGUUUCUGAAGACGUUGCAGGCGGAGAAGGAGAAGCGUGCGUUCCGUGGCGUCUUCCUCGGUCUGCAGGCUGUGGUGCUUGCUGCGCCGCCGCUAUUGUUGCGUAAGCACCUCGGACAGGUUUUGCCGAUUAUUCGCGACUCCCUCCUGUCGGGAGACGACCCGGCUGUGCGAGAGCAGGUGGUUAAGGCUGUGGCGCUGAUGGCUGCUGCGGAGGAGGAGGCGAAGAAAGAGGCGGCACAGACGAAGAAAAAGCCGGCAGCGAAAAAGGAGGCCGCGGUGCCCGAGGUCUCGAUCCACGCAGGGUUGUUGUUGCCAUUGCUACGACAAUGCACGGCGGGGGAAGACGAGCGUCUGUUGGACACGGUGCGAUUGUUGAUGGGUGUGGACUCCAAGUUGGUGUUAGCAGACACCUUGGCGCUCUGUCGCGAGGGUGCGUUGACUGUGGCCAAGGUGCGCACAUUGGCCACGCUGCGGCACGCUGGCGGGACGGCGGUGGCUUCCAACCUGCGUGCGUUAUUGCGGAUUUUGGAGAACGGGCUCAACACCGAAAAUUACGCUGUUCUGGCACCCCACGUGCGUGCGGCGCUGGAGGGUUGGUGUGCGGCACUGAGUGCGGAACAGGUGGUGGGCAAGUUGUUGCCGUUGUUGACGGACAUGCUGGAGUUGAAUGCGGCCAAGUUGACGGGCUCGGCAUCGGACUGGCGCGCGUUUGCGAGAGAUCACGACCUGAGCAUUGUGUGGUCGGCGGCGAAUUUCCGCGCGGCUACGACGGAGACGCAGCGGGAGCCGCGUCCGAUUGCACCAUGGUCGCGUGCGUUAGUUGCCAUGGCUGUGGGUGCGCUGUGUCGUGGGGCCGAGUCGAGUUGUGCGCUUUGGAUUAAGCCGCUUUCGACCGAUUUGUUUGACGAGUUGUUGCCGCUUGCACUUUUGGACCUUGACGAAUUUGUCGUCGCCGAGUGCGCCCUAAUGCUCCAGAGUCUCGUCAAGACAGUCGACCGUGCGGUGCUCGUCCUGCUGGCGACUGCGGUGCACCGUGUGCUGCGUCGCGCACUGCCAAAGCCAGGUGAAGAGAUGCCGAGUGAGGAGGAGGAGUUGCCUGGUCGACUGCCUGGUGCCGUAGAUAAGGGUUGUUUUGAGGGGCUGAUUGCCAUUCUGCAGCCGGCGUUGUUGUACGGCAGCGCGGAGGUGAAGGAGCAGGCGGCGAGCGCGUUUAGUGAGUUGAUUGGCGCGUCCGACAAGCCGACGUUGAGCGCGGUUGCGGUGAAACUCGCGGGACAGCUGAUCCGCGGUUUCGCAGAACGUGCGAGCACGCCGGUUAAGCGGUGCGUACUCAGUUCUCUUACGCAAUUGCUUAGAGUCGUUGGGGGGCCGCUGCGGUUGCUUGUGCCGCAGCUGCAGUCCUCGUUUGUGCGCUGCAUUACCGACGAAGAGCUGGGUGUGCAGGCAGCACAGGCAUUGACACUGCUUUCUGCACUUGCCGGCCCGCGGGUGAACCUGUUGCUGAGCGAGCUGGCAAGAACCCUGAAUGAACAUCCGCAGGCACAACUCACGGCGGUUGUCGGCGUACUCAAGACCGCACCGGCCGCACUCACCCCGGCCACGCUGACACAAUUGCGCGCCGCACUCACUCAGUGCGAACAUCCGCUUGCCACGGAAGCUGUCGAACUUAUCGAUGCUCUGUAA